AUGCGGCGAUGGUUUGUGGUGGUUUUAUGGUGUAAAUAUUGGAUUUUUAAUGGAUGGUUUGUGUGUGCAGGUUCUGGAUUUGUGUCACAAGAUAUUUACCUUCAUGGGUAUUUUAGUGCUUCUAUUAAACUACCUGCAGAUUACACUGCUGGCGUUGUCGUUGCAUUUUAUAUGUCAAAUGGUGACAUGUAUGAGAAGAACCACGAUGAAAUCGAUUUCGAGUUCUUGGGGAAUAUACGGGGUAAAGAUUGGAGAAUUCAGACAAACAUUUAUGGGAAUGGGAGCACAAGUGUUGGCAGAGAAGAAAGAUAUGGUCUUUGGUUCGAUCCCUCCGAAGAUUUCCAUCAAUACAGCCUCCUAUGGACUCAUAAUCUAAUUGUAUUUUAUGUUGAUAAUGUUCCGAUAAGAGAGAUCAAGAGGGCAGAAGCAAUGGGUGGGGACUUCCCCUCAAAGCCAAUGUCUCUCUACGCAACGAUAUGGGAUGGCUCCGAUUGGGCCACAAACGGUGGCAAAUACCGAGUCAAUUACAAAUACGCCCCUUUCAUCUCCGAAUUCUCCGAGUUCGUCCUCCACGGAUGCUCCGUGGACCCCACCGAACACACCACCAACAACUGCGAAAACACCCCCCAACCCGGCGCGUCACAGCCCGCGGGCCCCACACAAAACCAAAGAAGCAAAAUGUCGAGCUUCCGGAACAAGUACAUGCAGUACUCGUACUGCUACGACCGAUCAAGGUACAAUACUCCCCCCACCGAGUGCGUGGUGGACCCUAAAGAGGCCGAGCGCCUGCGCGGCUUUGACCCCGUGACCUUCGGAGGUGGCCGCCGCCCCCGCCGCGGCAAGAGGCACCACCGCAGUAAAUCCGCAUCUUCCAUGUGAUUAAGAUGAGUUUAUCGAUGAUUUGAUUUUCCCUAUAUAUAAUAAUAUUCGUGUUAUGGUCGCAUUUUAUUUGGGAGUUGGAUUUAGGCAUCUUGUGGAUGUGAAUAGAAGAAGGGAUGAGUGGGAGGGCAUAAUGGUCAUUUUGAAGAUGAUAUUUAUUUUCAUAUAUAUACAUAUGUAUGUAUGCAUGGGCCUAUGUUAUGAUGAUGAUGAUGGGGUGUGUACAUAUGUCAUACAUUUAGGUACCCCCAUAUCCAUAUUUUCCUCAUUGGUAGAGUUGCAUUUAUUGUGUACUCUUUUGGCUUCAUAGAUUAAUUUGGGAGAAAUGAUUUGUGUACUUUGAACAUUUGAUAUAUACCUUUGUGUUUCAAUAAAAAUAUAUAAUAAAUCAUGUGGGGUUAUUAUUAUUA